GGCAAGUCAACUUUUUUAUUUUUUGGGCUUUUGAAUUUUCCUAAUUUUUUUUCUCCUCUUUCUCUAAGCUUUGGCUACCACCAUCAUCAGCUUCAAUCUCUCUGACAAUUAACCAUCUUCCAGCACGCAGGGCCUGCAUUUAUUAUUAUUCCUCUCUCCUCCGGUACCUGCUUUUCUAAUAGCCCUGCAGCUAAAUUGUAUAAAAGAUGAAUGCAACUACCCCAGCCGACACAUCUUUCCAGCAACACCAGCAGACGACUCGAUUCGUCCCAUUUAUGUCCGAUAGUGCGUCCGCUCUUGUCGCUCCUUUACUGGUAUACUGGGUAUACUCCCUUUUCUUCCAUUUCCUGUCCAAGGCGGAAAUUCCUUGGGUUGAGCGGUACCGUAUACACGACCCAGAGGAAAUGACCAAGAAUAAGGUUUCGGUCAAGGAUGUCAUUCAAGGUGUGGUCUUUCAGCAAGUUCUUCAGACCAUUCUUGGUUUCCUUGUUCUUGAUAAUGAAGAAACCUCAGCCAGUGCAUCGCUUUUAACGCUUGACCGUAUUGGAUGGGCUGUUUCCAAAGCACUGGGCUCUGUUCAUAUCAAACAAUUAAUAAUCGCUCAGUUUGGUAUGCCCGCCUAUAUGGACGCAUUGUUGACUAUAUCCUCCAUAAUGCAGUCUUAUGUCAUUCCUGCCUUCCAGUUUUUCAUUGCCAUGUUCAUUUUGGAUGGAUAUCAAUACUUUUUCCAUCGUCUCUUCCAUCAAAACAAGUACCUUUACAAACAUGUUCACUCCUACCAUCACCGCUUGUACGUGCCGUAUGCUUUUGGCGCUUUGUACAAUCACCCUGUCGAAGGUUUCGUAAUGGACUCUGUGGGUGCUACUCUUGCUUUUGCUCUGUCUGGUUUGCCUACCAAAGGCGCUAUUCUUUUCUUCUCUUUCUCUACGUUGAAAACAGUUGACGAUCAUUGUGGCUACGCUUUCCCUUGGGAUCCUCUGCAAUUUAUGUUCGGCAACAACGUAGCAUACCAUGACAUUCAUCAUCAACCGUUUGGCAUAAAAAAGAACUAUUCUCAGCCUUUCUUUACCUGGUGGGAUCGUCUUCUCAACAGUAGGUGGAGUCCUUCAUAUCUUAGUUUGGACUGACGCUGAAUACUCACUCAUUUUAUUCCAGCCUAUGUGUCUACCGAUCGUGUCUAUAACAGUGUAUCAGAAAAGGCUCAAUUGAAGCAUAAACUCAAGGGUAGCACCGAAGCUAUCUCAUCUCAAGACAAGACACAAAUGUUAUAGAUACCCCCGUCCACUAUACUGGCUAAUUCACACGUCGCAUCUUUCAACUUUUAAUCAUCCAACGUACGAAUACCUACACACCUUACUCUCCCAACUUUUCUUAAUCUCUCGCGUGCCUUCACACUUGCGUAUUUCCUCCAAAAAUGAAAUUACGUUG